AUGCGGAGGUUUGAGUUUGUGGACUUGCAGACAGCUUAUGACUUCUACAAUGAGUUUGAACGGAUGCAAGGGUUCUCUGUUCGGAGGUCGAAGGUUGGGAGAAGCACAAAGAUUGGAUCGGAGGGAGAAUUUUUAUGGCAAAUUUUUGUUUGCUCGAGAAAAGGCGAGAGAGACGCCAAACACAUUCAUCGGGUAGAAAGGAAAAUGGAUCCUCGACCAAUUACACGAUGUGGGUGUGGUGCACAAAUAAAGGUUCACAUUGACCAAAGCACUGGCUGUUGGUUCGUAGAGAAGUUUUGUGAAGAACACAACCAUGAGAUGCUAGAUGCAAGGUUCCGGGAUUGUUGCGUUCUCAUAGAGUAA